AUGUUUGUCCCUGUUACUGUGCUUGAGGACAUGAACGUGUUUUUUCCCGUCUACCUUCUGCUCUCUGCGUCUGACUCCACACCCAUCACGCUCCCGGCGUUACAGAGAGAUGGACUGGAGGGCCCAGCUCCCCAGUGGAGGACCCAGCUCCCCAGUGGAGGGCCUAGUUCCCCAGUGGAGGGCCCAGCUCCCCAGGGGAGGGCCCAGCUCCCCAGUGGAGGGCCCAGAUCCCCAGUGGAGGGCCUAGCUCCCCAGUGGAGGGCCCAGCUCCCCAGUGGAGGACCCAGCUCCCCAGUGGAGGGCCUAGUUCCCCAGUGGAGGGCCCAGCUGCCCAGUGGAGGACCCAGCUCCCCAGUGGAGGGCCCAGCUCCCAGUGGAGGGCCCAGCUCCCCAGUGGAGGGCCCAGCUCCCCAGUGGAGGGCCCAGCUCCCCAGUGGAGGGCCCAGCUCCCCAGUGGAGGGCCCAGCUCCCCAGUGGAGGGCCCAGCUCCCCAGUGGAGGGCCCAGCUGCCCAGUGGAGGACCCAGCUCCCCAGUGGAGGGCCCAGCUCCCCAGUGGAGGGCCCAGCUGCCCAGUGGAGGACCCAGCUCCCCAGUGGAGGGCCCAGCUCCCCAGUGGAGGGCCCAGCUCCCCAGUGGAGGGCCCAGCUCCCCAGUGGAGGGCCCAGCUCCCCAGUGGAGGGCCCAGCUCCCCAGUGGAAGGCCCAGCUCCCCAGUGGAAGGCCCAGCUCCCCAGGGGAGGGCCCAGCUCCCCAGUGGAAGGCCCAGCUCCCCAGUGGAAGGCCCAGCUCCCCAGGGGAGGGCCCAGCUCCCCAGUGGAGGACCCAGCUCCCCAGUGGAGGGCCCAGCUCCCCAGUGGAAGGCCCAGCUCCCCAGUGGAAGGCCCAGCUCCCCAGGGGAGGGCCCAGCUCCCCAGUGGAGGACCCAGCUCCCCAGUGGAGGGCCCAGCUCUCCAGUGGAGGUCCCAGUUCCCCAGUGGAGGACCCAGCUCCCCAGUGGAGGGCCCAGCUCCCCAGUGGAGGGCCCAGCUCCCCAGUGGAGGGCCCAGCUCCCCAGUGGAAGGCCCAGCUCCCCAGUGGAGGGCCCAGCUCCCCAGUGGAGGGCCCAGCUCCCCAGUGGAGGGCCUAGCUCCCCAGUGGAGGGCCCAGCUCCCCAGUGGAGGGCCCAGCUCCCCAGUGGAGGGCCCAGCUCCCCAGGGGAGGGCCCAGCUCCCCAGUGGAGGGCCCAGCUCCCCAGGGGAGGGCCCAGCUCCCCAGUGGAGGGCCCAGCUCCCCAGUGGAGGGCCCAGCUCCCCAGGGGAGGGCCCAGCUCCCCAGUGGAAGGCCCAGCUCCCCAGUGGAGGGCCCAGCUCCCCAGUGGAGGACCCAGCUCCCCAGUGGAGGGCCCAGCUCCCCAGGGGAGGGCCCAGCUCCCCAGUGGAGGACCCAGCUCUCCAGUGGAGGGCCUAG